ACACCCACCAGGCAGAGGCAGCAUUGGAGCUCGUCCGUGUUGGAUCAGUGGAGAUGGGCUGAGGAGGCAGCGAGGAGCGACCCUAAACACACGUUAAUACCCGUUUAUCCCACACCUUAACGACACAAGAGUUCGGAAUUGUUCCCGGUACCUCUUGCCCCCGCUCUCCUUCCGAUCCUCUCCUCUCCACGCCUGGCCCCAGUAGGCCAGGGAAUGUCCCGGCGUCGAGAUGCCUUACGUGGACCGGCAGAACCGCAUCUGUGGCUUCCUGGACAUCGAGGAAAAUGAGAGCAGUGGCAAGUUCCUGCGCCGUUACUUCAUACUGGACACGCAGCAGGGAAGCUUGGUGUGGUUUAUGGACAACCCACAGAACUUACCUGUUGGUGCAGACUGUGUAGGCUCUCUCAAGCUCACCUACAUCUCUAAGGUCAGCGAUGCCACAAAGCUGAGGCCUAAGGCAGAGUUCUGCUUUGUCAUCAACGCUGGGAUGAGGAAGUUCUUCCUGCAGGCCAAUGAUCAGCAGGACCUUGUGGACUGGGUCAACGCUCUCAAUAAAGCCACUAAGAUCACUGUGCCAAAGGCAUCCGAUGUCCAGCAAAAUUCAGAGAACCAGAAAAGUUUGCCGGAUGUUGUAGGAUCCAAGAAACAAGUCUCCUAUAAGACAGAGAUCAUUGGAGGAGUCCCCAUUGUCACCCAGACACAGCAGGAAGGGGGUGAUGGUGCAGAGAGAGCAGAGCGAGAGGCCAUGCAGCGCUCCCACAGCCAGCUGCCGUACUUCCUGGGAAGGCCAGCUCAGGAGCACACGGUCAUCAAAUCUGGCUACUGUGUGAAGCAGGGAGCUGUGAUGAGGAACUGGAAACGACGAUACUUUCUUCUGGAAGAAAAUUCAAUGAGUUACUUCAAAUCAGAUUUGGAGAAAGAGCCUCUGAGAAUGAUUCCACUGAAGGAAGUUCACAAAGUCCAGGAGUGCAAACAGAGCGACAUUAUGAUGAGAGAUAAUCUGUUUGAAGUCGUCACCACAUCGAGGACUUUUUACAUACAGGCGGACAGUCCAGAGGAGAUGCAUAGCUGGAUCAAGGCGGUCUCAGGGGCCAUAGUGGCCCAGCGCGGACCUGGAAGGUCUGCCGCUACGGAACACGGCGGCCGUUCCACAUUCUACCGCAGCCCCUCGGGUCCCCCCGUCCCUCGCUCGCCCAUAUCUGCCAUGCCAUCAUGUUACCCCGAGUGGGGGGCUGCUGUCACGUGCGGCACAUGCUCACAGCCUGGCGUGGGACAGCGAGCACUUCAUGAGCCUGCUGCCACGGCCCAGUCACAGCCAUGCGCCAGCACGCCUGUCCCUGCAGGAGACACGCCUGGCAAAGUGACAUGCAAGCCACCUGUGACCGUUACCACCAUCACGCACUCAGAGGAGUCACCAUGGCGACGGCGGAGCAACUUUGAGCCACAUUUACCUGAACCGCCCCUAGACCUGGAUGACGCUGACCUGCCGGUGAGCCAGGUCUGAGCCUCUACACCAGACACUUGCUUCUUUAGAUGGACGAUAAAAAGGAAAACAACUGGUGUUAAAAAAAAAGGUCAAGCUGUUGGUGGACGGCGGUGUAAACACAUCACAACUGCUCCUCCCUUUGAAAUGCCGUCAGUGUGGAAGAGAAAAAGUAGGCUCCCCACUGAACUGCACUCUCAACCCAAUCAGAUGACCCACCUUGCCCCUCUAAGCUACCCUGCUCAUGCAUUUAAAAGUGUGUAUUUAUUUCCUUAGAGUUGGUGUUGUCAAACAAAAUACACUUUUCUGUUUCUGUGUGCCAACCAGAAUGCAGCAAGAGACACUUAAUCUACCCUGCGUCGGCACAGCAGUGUUCAACAGUAUUUGUGGGCCUUUGGGAUUUUUGUAAACUACUUUUGUGCCAAGUAAAUAAGGGAGCUUUCAAGGAUGCAACCAAAUCCUUUUCUUUUUGUAAACAGAGAAACUUGACUGAGAUAGACACUCAGACUCUGUUCACACUCACACACUCACACAUGGACACUGGUCAGAAGAACUCCAGUCCGAUCUAACGUCCAAUGAGCAGCUCCACCUAGGACACUUUCCUCAUACGUUCCUAUACUUAUCACCUCUGUAAUCUCUGUACUAAUUACAAGUGUGUGGUCCAUUCAUAAACUCACUAUUGUAGCACUGGAUCUGUCAAAUAUUGUUGGCCAGUGUUAAGUGUACGGUUCAGGUCUCGUCUGACAGCUGUUUGUUCCAAUGCAAAUUAUAAGUCAAAUAUGGAUUCAUGUAGGACUGGAUGCAAAGUCAAACUAUUUCUGCGAUGCAGCGUGUGUAUUAAAAUGCUAACGAUGCCAAAAAUAUCACACAUUUUACUUUGACGCACCAAGCCAUGCCCUUUGUGUUCAGAUCUUUGCAUAGGCAGAAGAUGGUUAUUAGUUGUUAAAUCGGUUAAUCGCUUUCAAGUUUAUUGAAUACAUCCUAAACUAGGACUGGCUUUUUACAGUGAAUUUUCUACUGACAGAGAAGUGAAAUUGUUGUGUGGAAGUACAAAAGAUCAGACAUAAAUAGUCUCAGACUUCUACAUUAACUUCAGUUUAAUGUACCAGAAGACUGACGGUGUGAAUGGGAAUUGGUGAUAGUGCUACAGAGAGAUACCUAAGCUUGUUGUCAUUUUUUUCAUAAAUACCAUCUUAAUAAUUUAACUGAAAAACUCUCAAGACACUUCAUGUUAAUAUUUUAGUGAUUCCUUAUUUGUUAGUUACUCUUUACUGUGUUUGCAGAACAGAGCUGUGUUCAAGUCUUUGUAGUCGACUGAUUUUUCUUUGCUUGUAGACGCAUAUUCCAGACGGUUCACCCAGUAGCAGGCAGCAGCCUCAUGGUCUAAUACAAAACUAUCCCACUGUAAUCUCGCAAAAUAAUAUACACUAAUAUUUUUUUAAGUGCCUGCUUUAUUUUUAUCCCGACAAAGCUAAGGUGUUUCAUCCCCUUUCAGUCCAACGUAAUUGGUUUGAAUUGUCUUCUCUAUUUAUUAUGUGGAUGACUUGAAAGAAAUAAACACUGAAAAUGUG